AUGAAGAUAGCUGUGCUGGGAGCCACUGGGCAGACUGGACAGUAUCUGGUGAACCAGGCGCUGCAGCAGGGUCACAGUGUCACCGCCAUCGUCAGGAACCCGGCAAAACUCACAGUGCAUCAUGAUAAUCUGAAGGUGGUGGAAGCUGAUAUUUUCACAGCAGACACCCUGAAGUCUCACUUUAAAGGGCAGGAUGUGAUCAUGUCCUGCCUCGGCUUCCCGGUCUCAUUCUUUUCUGGGGUGACGGGUUACACCCAGUCCAUGAACUCCAUAGUGUGCGCUAUGCGAGAGGCCCGGGUCAACAGGGUCAUCACCAUGACCUCCUGGUACACUGAGCCUAACUCUGGAACUCGGUCAUCAUAUCUGAUCCGCUUCAUGCUACUGCCGAUGAUCCGCAGUGUCCUCAACAACAUGUUUCAAAUGGAAGAGUUUCUGCAGAAGACUGAGGACAUUAACUGGACUGUGGUUCGUCCUCCUGGUCUGAAGAAUAUGUCUGCCACAGCUCAGGAGUUUCUGACUCACGAGGGCUACUUUGUGCCUGAUAACGGUGGAAACCCUGCAGGCAGCUCAGUGGCGAGAGGAGAUGUCGCUCGCUUUAUGCUCUCUCUGCUCAACAGCAAUGCCUGGGUCAAGAAGGGAGUUGCAAUGACAACAAAAUAAGAAAUGUGAAGCCAUUUUGGGAUUAUCAGUGAUCCAUUUCACCCAAAGUACAACCAAAAAAACACAAAAUGACCUCUGUUUAUAUUCUGCCAUAAGAGAUCAUUAAUGUUGUUUAAUUUUUUUGGAUGAUUGUAGUAUCAUGUGCCAACAACUUAAAGUCACUUUUCAAAACUAGUAUCCAAUCUGUUGUCAUGGAGAUGGUUUAGAUAUAUCAUUUAUGAGAUCAAAAUGUGGCCAUGUGAUAAAAAUGGGCUGUAACCUCUGACUCUGUUCAGCAGUGGGAAUUCUCCAGUCAUUCAUGCCUGAUUGUUGACCUUUGACCUCUUGCUAACCUAAAGACAAUUCAUGUUUUUUAUUGCUGUGUGUCAGGCACAACAUUUAUAACAUCUGGAAUAAAUUUAUAUAUAUUAAUCAUUGUGUAUCUUAAUCACUGGGCCUUUUCCCUGACUUUAUUGGUUGCGUACAUCCAUGAUAACAGUCUGUAGACGCAUUACAAUGUAUUACAAAAAUAUAUAGGUUGCAUUUUCAUCAUUUAGCAUAAAAAUAAAAGUGGCUAAUGUCAACAAAGAAUUGGCUCAUAACCAUUACACCUUUGAAUUGUGAAGCUGUUUGGCUUAAGCACUAAUCUGCAGUAACGACAACCCUGCAGAAAAAGAUGCGUACUGAGAUUUGAUGUGAUUUUUCAGUUUGCAUUAUUUGCAUUGUGUUUAUGUCAGCUUGGAGUUUUCAUUGGAUUUUAUUUUUAUUAUAAAAAAAAAUAUUUACCCAUGUAUUAUGUGAAUGAAGGCAGAAAUCAUGCAGAUGUCAACUUAAACCCACAUAAGUGUAAAAAAAAAAAAAAAACAUCACUGGAGUGGUAAGAAAUGAGUUGGUUUUUGUAAUUUGGACCUUGUGACUUUUUGUAAAAUAUACUCAUGUAUAACUUAUGCAAUCCUACGCUCGGAUAUAAUGGCCGCCAAGGCUUAAUUACACUGAUAUGCCUUAUAAAUGAGUUUAUAUUAACUAACGUAUUCCAUUUAUUUGUCUGUCUCUUUACAGUCAGUGAUGACCGAUUGAACUAUUCCAUGAAUGUACAGUUGUAUUUGUAUUAUAUGAUUUCAGCCACAUGAGAGCAGUGUUGUUCUAUAUCAAGCAGCAGUAAGAACAACUCAGAAAAGCCCCUGUAUAAGCACUAUUGUAUAUUUACAGACAUACUUCAAAUAAAUCCAUGAAAUGUUCUGUAUUCACAAUAUUACUGUAUAAUAAACUUUUAACUGAUGG